AUGGCACAGCCGGCACCGCUUGGGUUGGAUGUUACCGAGCUCAAAUUCAAGCUACAGUGCAAGGUACCUAUAUUUAAGAGCGAUGGGAACGUUAAAAACGGAUGCAGCUUGCUGGCAGCGGCCAGUGUACACGGGCUCGUGUUCACUGGCAGCGUGGGGCCUGAGCUGCGGGUGCUCAAGCUAAAAGACCUCACGACCGAUCGGGUGAUCAACGAAGUGGUCCCUCUGCGUACGGUGCCACUUCCAAGCGAGCCGUUUCAGCUGGCCGUCAGCUGUGAUCACGGAUUUCUGGCGGUCGACGUCGUCGCAAACGGCGUGCCGUUGGUGUACAUCUACUCGGUUCCGUCGUUUUUGGCCGGCUCGGUUGUGAAGCUGGCGGAAAUCAAAACGUCUCCCCAACCCGGUGUUCGAAGCACACAAAUUUGCUGGAAUCCGGUCAUACACAACGUGGUUUCGGUACGUACCGAAACCGGGGGUCUUUCGGUGUACACGCUGAAAGAACCGGCCGGGCUCGAAUUCCAUUCGCUUGAUGCUGCCAAUCCCGCCGAGCGGGCUCAGUGCGCCUGCUGGAGUCCAAAGGGAAAGCAGUUGGUGGUGGCAUUCGUCAACGGGAAGCUGGUCCAGUACAAACCCGAUCUUAAGCCAGCCCGCACCAUCCUCUGUCCACCGGGCGUGGUGGAAGGGGGUGGUGGAUUCGAUGUGCUUGCGGUACAGUGGCUCAGCACUUACCAGUUCGCGGCGGUGUUUCUUCCGCACGCUGCGGAUUCAGUACCGGCAUUGUUCAUCGUGAACGCCCCGAAAGCAGGCAAUCCCGUAUUCAUCAACUACGAAGACGUUUGCUACAGCCAGAGUGGCCCGCGGAAGGGCCAAGUAUUCCUGCAGCACAUUCUACCAUGGAACCUGCUGCUGGUGGCAUCCGCUAACAGCAUGGAGGUUGGCAUACUGGGUACGAUGGAAAGCGGCGAAGCACCGACUUGGUGCCAGUGGACCACCACGGACGAGGCACGUGCGGAACUGCCCCUUACGGUGGACAAACAAGAGUCCUUCCCGGUCGGUUUCGCACUCGAAACAGGCUGCACGCACGAGCUCGUGAUCGGUGAGCAGACGUUUCCGGUGAUGCCAAUGAUUCACUUACUUUCGACCUACGGCCAGCUCGUGUCGUUUAACGUACUAAACCUCUACCCAAAUGUUCCGAACAUUUGCUCACCACCGAAACCGGCGCAAGAUAUGUCCGGGGGAGCAUUCGUGAGGCUCGACAUCGAAAAGUCUGCCCCGCCUGGUGUUGGUACAGCUCCUCAGCCGAUUGUAGCAGCUCCUAGUGCGAAUGAUCCACGGGUUUCUGCAAAUGCCAUGGUGCCCCAGUCGGACAUAACAUUCACCGUACCGAGCGGUGCCACAUCAACACCCGCCGUUACGAAGGCGAAACCGUUCUUUAAUACCGCUGGUGGGGGUGACCCGGCGGUACAAAAGUCACCCAUCAGUUUGUUUGGCACUGGUGCAACUGGCCAGCUCCAACCGGCUAAACCAGCAUCAGCCACAAUCGCUCCCACCUUCGGUAAACAGAUAACGUUUGGAGCGCCCUCUACCGGUGGGGAUCCGAAGGCUUCCCCAUUUGCGGGAUUUUCUUCUCAGACGACAGUACCGGGAGGUGGUGCGUUCAGUGGCGCUCCUCUGGGCACCAGUGCCGGAGGAUUACCGACAAUGUCCGCUCCGCCUUUCCAAGCUGCCAUGGCGGCUUCCGUCGCACCAUCGGUGCCAUCUACGGUCAUUGCAACGGCACCGGUUGCUCCAAAACCGGACGCCAUGAAACCACUCGUGACCGUGCCUCCGGCGUACGUUCCCGUCGCUCAACCGGCUCAACAGCCUCCGCCAAACGCGGGCGCCGGUGCUGUGGGACGUCCAGUGGCGUCGGAAAUCGCCAAAAAGCCAGACAUGUCCUCAGAGGAUAGCAAUAUUAUCAUCCGUGCGCUCACGAUUGACGAAGUGAAGCGAUUCAGUCGCGAGUUGGCCGAGCUGCAGCAACGAAACCGCACGUUGAACAUCCACAUCGGCGAGAAGGAAGAAUCGGCCCGGAUGAUACAGAACUUGCGCAACCUCGAGGACAUCAUAGCGCAGGCGAACGAGAGCACGCAAUCGCUCAUCUCGGACGUGCAAACGCUCCGGUUGGGGCUGAACGAGGCGUUCGCGAUGAUCGCGGAAGGGAACAGCAAGAGUGUAAUCUUCAACAACCCGACCGCGCACCAGUUCCAGGACACGCACGGUAUGUCGCAGACGAGCCGCCGCCAGCUGAUCUCGCUGGAGAACAUGCUGCAGGUGAACGAAAAUCAGCUGCGCACCGUUACGAAGCAGCUCGACGCACAGUGGAUGGCACUAGAGGAGGCGAAGCAGACACGCGCCCGCCAGCGGAUGCACAUUCCCAGCCUUGAGGUGCUGUAUCAAACCCUCUCGAGGCAGCAGGAAAUUCUGAACCGGCAGGGCGAGAAGCUGAUGUACGUCAAGAGCAAGCUCGGAAUGCGCAGCAGCCUGAAAGGGCUCGAGAGUUUGGACAAGAGCGUGAAGGGGCUCACCAAGCGGUCGAUAUACGAGGGCGAUACGUCGACGGAUUGUGCGAUCGAGUCGCUUACGGAUUCAAUCAUUUCGAUGACGCUCGGCAACCAGGUUGCGGCGGAUACGCGUAAGCUGAGCGAGUCGAAAAUGAACGCGCUUCGGAAGGCACUUAUGGGGCGGAAGAUCGUGACGGUGAAACCACAACGACCGGAUCGUGUUGGGCUCAGCUCGGAGGUGGUUCGCGAGCAUCGCGAUCAGGUGAAGCGACUGAAUUUGAAGCAGGAAAAAAUGCAAGCAUUGCAGACGGCAGCGGUGGCCGCGAGGAAGGAAUAUGAACAAAGUAUUCUUAAAAAUCAGCAGCAGCAGCAGCAGCAGCAACAACAACAGCAGCAGCAACAACAGCAGCAGCAGCAACAGCAGCAGCAACAACAGCAGCAGCAGCAACAGCAGCGACAACAACCCGUGAAUAAGCCCCUAGGAACGGCACCAGCAAAUAAAGCGUUCUCUUUCAACGCCCCACCGCCAUCGGCCUCAUCAACAGCGGGCUUGGGAAGCUUCUCCUUCGGUCAAACAACAAUUACGCCCAUGGCUGCAUCGGAAGCACCGUCAAAACCAUUGGCAAAUGGUGCCAACAACAGUGCCGGUUUUUCAUUCGACGCAUCUGCCAACAAAUCGAGCGAAAAAGACAAAAAGGAUACGAGCGCCAUACCAAGCGGCAAGGAAAACAUUCCGCUAAAUCCUGCACCGGCGGUGUCGAAAUCGUCAUCCGGGUUGUUCAGCUUCGGUUCCGCAGCGAUGGGCUCAUUGUCGGGCACGUUUAAACCAACAACACCGGAAGUGUCCUCUUCCACUGGCGGCACCAGCAAAUCGCCCAUGUUCUCAUUCGGCAAUGCAGUCAAUGCGGGAACGGACGCCAAUGCUCAACCUCCGACCGUAUCGUUUGGUUCCAUCCCGAAGCCAUCCUUUUCCUUCGAUCCGGCUCCCGCAAUCACCACGUCGACUGGAAGCGCGGGAACGGGUGGUGCCACAGAAAGUGGACCGUUGAAUUUGGGCAAACCGAAACCCGUGGUACCGGUUUCAUCGACGACGUUGGGUCAAACGCAACCGGUUGAUGACGCGCAAAAGGACAAACCUCUGCCACCGUCUUUCGGACCGACGGAAUCGGUGUCCUCUGCACCGACGAAGGCUCCCCUUCCGGCACUCACGAGCCUUUUGCAGAAGGUUGAUCCUUCGGUGGACGUCACGGUAAAGGGCGGUUCUCCCCAGACUAAACCGGCCACUGGAGGAGGGUUCUUCGGGAGCGUAACUGGCACCGGAAUUGGUUCCUUCGGUGGAACGACGGGUAGUUUCUUUGGCAGCAUUAACAAACCUGCCGCCACAUCGACGGAAGACACCACCAAAGCAACCUCUGGUGGUGGGUUUUUCUCGGGGCUUUCGUUCGGUUCCAUAUCCACUGCACAACUUGCAGCAAGCUCUGGAGAUGCAAAUGCACCCACCACAACUACAACAGCAACGAAUGCACCGACGGCAACGAGUACGAACGCAGAUGGCAGUUUCUUUGGUAGUGUAAAACCUCCUGCGAUCGCAAAUGGCGCUAAUGGCACCACGGUUCCAGCGAGUUCCGUUGGAUCAACCUUCGGAAGCAACAGUUUCACGUCGUCCGGUUUCGGAAUGUCAAAACCACUUACGACGACACCCGCGACCACCGUUGUUUCUGCAGCGCCUAACACGGAUACGAGCAAGGCAGACGGUAAAACCGCUCCCGUGGCCACCAGCAACACAACGUCCGGAUUCGGAUCGCUUCUGGCGGCUGUUUCCUCAUCCACUGCAAACACAGCCCCUUCACUCGCAACUUCCUCCUCAUCCGCUACGGAUGGAUUUUCCUUCGGAUCGUUGUCCUUUGGUAAACCCCUCACAACUGUUGCCUCACCCCUGGUGGCAUCAACAGCGGGUGUGACCGCGACAUCGACGACGACGUCCACAACCACGGUAGCAGCUCUUCCCACGUCAACAACCACCUCCACAACCUCGGGAGCGGACGGAGCGGCCGGUUUGUUCGGUUCGAUCAGCAUCUGCAGUCCGACCACGGCGAUUCCCAAGUCACCAUCCGGCGCCACGACGGGAGGAAACAUUUUUGGAUCGGCUUUCGGUGCCUCGAAACCGACGGACACGAAGAACAUAUUUGGUGGCGGAGCAUCCGCAGGUGGUUCCUUCUUCGAGGCUGCGAAACCUGCCACCGCCGCGUUCGGUAACGCCACCGUCGCUUCUGUGGCACCGGCCACCGGAGGUGGAGGUUUGUUUGGUUCCGUAGCUCAACCCAGUGCCGCCACCAGCACCGGUGGUUCGGUUUUAGGCUCGGCAGCGACAACAACCGCGACUCCUGCUGGAGGCGGGAAUAUUUUCGGUGGAUUUGGAUUUGGUGCCGGAACGGCGGCAGCUACGAGCACGACAACGGCCACCACCGGUGGGUCAUUCUUCGGAGGUGGUACGACGGGGGGGUCCAUGUUUGGUUCAAGCACGACUUCUUCCACUGCACCAACUAACAUCUUCGGUGGUGCGACGGCUCCAGCUGCUGGCGGUGGAACGGCCACUGUGGGAACAGGCUUGUUUGGAAGUGUGGCACCGGGAAGCAACACAACGCCCGUUGCAGGUGGAUCGAUAUUUGGUGGAACAUCCGCUUUUGGAGCGUCCACCGCGAGCAGUGGUGGCAACAUUUUCGGAAGUCCGGUAGCUCCUGCGACUGGUGCUACAAGUGGUACGGGGUUGUUUGGAUCCGUCGGAGUAUCGGCUGCCGGAACGGCACCUUUCGGCAGCCCGCAAUCACCUUCGCAACAGACGGGAACCGCCACACAAUCGAUCUUCGGUGGAGCGACCUCUGGUGGUGGGUUCGGUUCGCCGAUUGCUGCCAGUUCGGGACCGUUUAGCAGCGGUGGUACGGUAAAUGCGUUCGCUUCCCCUACUGGCACCGGUGGAUCAGCUUUUAGUAAACCACCCACCUUCGGAGCGGCUCCGUCCUUCGGUGGAGCGCCCGCGUUCGGUGGGGCGCCAACGUUUGGUGGCGCACCGACCUUUGGAGGAGCACCGGCAUUCGGCAGCCCCAAAGGCACAUUCGGUGGUGGGUCAGCAUUCGGUGCCGCAGGAUCUCCCGUUGUCGGAGCAUCGUCACCGUCGAAUAAUCUCUUCGAGCAACUGGGUUCCUCGUCGACGGGCGUUUCAUUCGGAGGGCUAGCACAACAGCAGGCACCAAAUCCGCCCCAAUUCGGUGGCUCUUCCUUCUCCAGCUGGCGCUCGUAGAUUGGCGAACCAUCCUCUUGGGCUGGAGUGCCGUGUGUUUGAAAAAGGAUGUAUAAUUUAAUGGAAAUUGAUUGAUAAAUACAAAACUUUAUUUUAUA